CGUUUUGAGCGGUAUUUUAUACAUGUCAUUUUGUUUGUUCGCAUCGACACUUCUAUUCAAAGAAUGUUUCUAUAACUACAUAAUACAUUUUUUUCUUCCCCGAUUGAAAUUGAAUAAAAAAUAAAGAAGUUAUUAAGAAAAGAGUGAUUUAAAAAUGAAUAAACCAAAAACGUGUACGGAUACGUUUCGAUUCGAGACGCAACCAUUUUUUGAGCAGCUGAGAAAGGCCAUUUCAAAUCGUACAGUGAACACACAAAAUCUGAUCGAGUGCAAAGAUGAUAUGCUUUUCGCAUGGAAUCCAUCGGACUGUUGUGUGAUUGCGUUCAAUUGGCGAUUGGCACAGACAAAAGGCGAUGAUAAUGUCAAUUUUCAAACGUUGAUACCAUCCACACCGGUCGACUAUGUUGUGAACAAAGUGACAGCCUCACAUGAGGGACAAUAUCUUGCACUGAGCGGUAGUCGUGGUGUUGCAAUCAUGGAAAUUCCAUGCCGUUAUGGACCGAAUGGUCAAUAUAAAGAGGGAAAACCGCGAAUUUUGUGCACCACACACAUUUUGGACGAGAAUUACUUUGCAUCAAACACAUUGGUUUGCAUCCAACAGGUUCGAUGGCAUCCGGCUUCACCCAAAGACAGCAAUUUGAUGGUAUUAUUGUCGAAUAAUUCGAUUCGGACUUAUGAUGAAGCGAAAUUGCAGCACAUUUGGAAAAUCGGUCCCACACCAUGUGCACCAACCAGAUCAUCAUUACCAUAUUUGAAUAGUCUUGGAGAUACAGCGGUUGAUUUUGAUAUAUCGGCACCGCGCGUUACAGCAAUGGCCAAUGCGAACACAACGUUGAAUACAACAAACAAUGAUACAACCGUUAAUGGAGGUGCAUCGACGAAAAAUGUGGAAUGGCCAUUGGUGAUCCUUUUCGGAAAUGGUAAUUUAUACAUUGCAUUGAUUGGUCUAGACACAGAUAAGCCACGCAUUCAAGGCCCAUUAACAAUUUAUCCAAGUACAAAGGAUAAUUAUGGUUUGGACUCAUGCACUAUAUUGGCAUUGCCAUCGAAUCCAACUACAUUGGUCGUGGCUGAAUCGAGUGGACGGCUAUUUCAUAUGAUUUUGGUUGAAUCCGAAGCCGAACUAAAUAAUUCGGAAAAUUAUGAUGAAAACGGUUUGAAGUACGAACCAUGCGAAUGGAUUGUCAAUGUUGUUGAAGUGGUUGAAUUGGAGUUUGGUUUGAAAAGCACUGAAAACAAAGAUGACGAAAAUAAUCAGAUAUUCCUGAAGGCUGACAUAAACAAUGACUCACGGUACUUUGUCUAUCACAAUGCUGGUCUGCAUGCUAUUUCGAUUGAAUUUUUACCAACUCUUCAGCGAUAUUUUGAGGAUAAUGGUGAUUCCAUUGACAUUGAAUCCAUUCUGAGCAAUUUCAAAGGAAACUCAGAGUAUCUCGUGGCAUUGGACGCAAAAUUGAAUGCUGUGGUUGGUUUUUGUUUGCUACAAAGUCCACCAGGUCUAGUACUGGUGUUAAGCAGUGGUCAGGUGGUUACUCUCAAUGUCAUUACAAAUCCAUCAUUUCUGCGAAAUAUUCGGUCAUCGGCUUCGUCAAGUGAAAAUCCAAAAGAGACCACCGAGUCGGCCAUGUUAAAUUCAAAAGUUUUUUCCGGUUCAUUUGUCGAAAGUAUUCGUCAAAUGUUGGCAUCAGGCACAACACAACCGAUUCUAAAAUUGAAUGAACGAACACCAAAAGAAUCACUUGAAUUAUUGCUGGAUGCAUUUCAACGACUGCGCGAUCAAUAUAUUUCAAAGCACGAUAGUGUUCGUCAAAAAAUUGAACAACGUGUAAAAAUUCUGCGCGUACUGGACGAACAGCAACGCCAAGAAGUGGCCGAAUUGUUACAGGAAAAGUGUAAGUUGCGAGAGAAUGCUGAACAUUUGGCAGAGAAGUAUGAAGAAAUCAACGAUCGACAACAAGCGCUAAUGAAAAGCUUGCAUGAAAUUCUACGUUUGAUUAAUUUACGAAUGCCAUCCGCACUAGUUGCCGAACGCAAUUUCAGCGAACAAAUCAACAAAAUUCAUGCGAUCACAAAAGAUUUGGCCAACAAUAUUGCGGCGUGCAAGAAAAAAAUGGAAAAACAACAACGAAUAACCACAACAGAUAAACCGGCCAAGGUGCUAACGUUGCAACCGAAGCAAGAAACCGUGCUGAAAGAGAUAAUUGGCGAAUCAAACACUCAAAUCGAAACACAAAUUAACGAAAUUAAACGUAUCAAAAAAACUUUAAAUAUGGAUUAAAAAUCUCCAGUUAAUAGAUUCCAUCAACAUAUGUACAAAAAAAAAGCAAGCAAAAAAAAAAACUUAAAAAUAAACAAAUAAAGAUAUAAUGUCAACAUAACAGACAAUAUAUUG